CAUCCAGAAGAGGUCAGUGUCCUCCUCCACUCGCUGCCCUCGCUGGGGCUUUUUAACCUCAGACGCUCACGGGGCUGGGGCGAGGCUUACCGCCAUGUCCGUGCCGGUGACCUUCCUGCUGCUCUGGGGUCUCUCCCUGAGCCCAGUGGCAGAAGCAGCCAUCUUUGUUGAGACCCGGCCGAACCUGUGGGCAGAGGCCGAAUCGCUGCUGGAACCCUGGGCCAACGUGACGUUGACGUGCCAGGCCCGCCUGCCCACCUCGGGUUUGCAGCUGUUCAAGGACGGGGUGGUCCAGGAACAUGUGCACCUUGAUGGAAUCACUAUGGAGCACCGGUUCCCGCUAGGAGCAGUGACAGCUGACACCCGAGGCCUCUACCGCUGCCGCUGUGCUAUUGGCAAGACAUGGACCGAGCUGAGCAACCUGGUGGAGGUGACGGGCGCAGAGACCCUGCCUCCACCCCAGCUCUCCAGUAAGCCGGUGCCCUGGGUCACGCCCGGCCUGAAAACGACCCUGCUGUGCCAAGGGGGGCUUCGAGGUGUGACCUUCCUGCUGAGGCGCAAAGGCGAUGACCAGUUUCAGGAGGUGGCUGAGGCCCCUCAGGGUGUGGAGGCCACCUUCCCAGUCCACCAGGCUGGCAACUACAGCUGCAGCUACCGGACCCACGCAGCAGGCACUCCCUCUGAGCCCAGUGCCACCGUGACCAUCCAGGAGCUGGCCUCACCGCCGCCGCCCAGGCUGAGUGUCCACGGAGAGUCUGCGGAGGUCCUGCGCGUGGGCGCCAAAACGUCCCUCGUCUGCGUGGGGCCCUUGGACAGCGGCAUGGAGUUCGAGCUCCGGCACGGAGACAAGGUGCUGAACGUAGAGAGGUGGAGCACCAACCCGGACCGCGUUGUCUUUAAGCUGGACUCACUGGCCCCGGGGGACGGUGGCCUCUACACCUGCCGCUACCACCUGCAUGGGGAGGACAUGCCCUGGUCCCAGGACAGUGCGCCCGUGGAGCUGCUGCUCAGCGAUGAGACUCUGCCCGCACCCGAGCUUUCCGCGGCGUCGGCCACCCCGUUCAACGCGCCCCACGCGAUGGUGCAGAUGCGGUGCCGCGCGCCCCGGGACGGCCUGCGCUUCGCCCUGGUGCGCGAGGACAGCUAUAGGCGCCAGGUGGUUGAUCUCCAGAGCCCCGCGGGCUCCGAGGCCGUAGUCGAACUGGUCGACCUCUCACCGUUGGACGGGUCCAACUACAGCUGCAUCUACGCAGACACUGCGCCGCCCUUCGCGGGCUCCGCGCCCAGCCCGCGCCUGGAGCUGAGCCUGAACGGACCCCUCCCCAAGCCGCAGCUCCGGCCCCUGUGGAGCGGAGCAGUGAGUCCAGGCCGUGACGCCAUCCUGCGCUGCGAGAUCCCCUUGAGACGCGUGCCCCACAUCACCUUUGAGCUGCUGCAAGAAGGCGAAGUGGUGGCUACAAGUUACUCCUCAGAGGACCUUGUGCUCACCUAUGUUGGGCCCCAACAUGCUGGCAAUUACAGAUGCCGCUACUCCAGCAGGCCCUUUGUGUCUGACCUCAGUGAUCCAGUGGAGCUCCAGGUGGCAGGACAUUGAUCCAACUGCAGACCCAGGCUGCUGCGGGUAUCCUGGUUCAGUCCGGCUCGGAUCCUUCCUGCUGCAGCUGGAGGCUGGACGCCCCCCGACCUGGGGAGUGCAGUGGGGACAGGGGGCGCUCCCUGAUUUCUCCAAGGAAUUAAUAAACGUGACCACAGACUUUAUAA